AUGAACGUGGUGCAGGAACAGGAUGGUGAGGCAGCCACUUACACUCCUACUGAGAUCUGUGCCUUAAAAGGAUCAACAGUGGAAAUGCAGUGCACCUACACAUACCCAUACAGUGAAGAAGAAGGUGUUAGCAGAGUUGGACAAGCACUGUGGUUUACUAAGGUUAAGGGUGAAGAACCUGUAGGUCUGAGAUCAGACUCAGAGUAUGAAGGUCGUGUGGAGUAUCAGGGUGUCCAGAUAGAGGUGACUCCAAACUCGUCUUCUUCCCAGGCAGAGCUGAAGUGUCUCAGCAGCUGUUCUCUAUCUGCUCGUCCUUCUUACGUCUGGUACAAGAAUGGACAGAAAUUUAAGGAAGGAGCUUCUCCUUCCUAUGCAGAUAACUUUAAUCCUGAUGACAGCUAUUCCUGCACUUUACAAGGACAUGAGGAUUUCCACUCUCCUUCAGUGUGUGUCCGCGGUCAAACCUGCAACAGAGUGACUUACACUGACAGAAGCAUCUGUGCUGUGAAGGGCUCAUCAGUGAACAUUUCUUGUUCAUACAACAGUUAUGAAAAUGAUGUUAGAUCAAAAUUCUGGUUCAGUUUCAAACGUAGUGAUCGAUGGCGGGAUCCCUCACAACCUGAGGACCUCAGUGGGGACUCAGAGUUUGCAGGUCGUGUCCAGCUGUUUGAAGAGAGAGGACGCUGCACUCUGAGAAUCACUGAGCUGAGAGAGAGCGAUUCAACCGAGUAUCGCUUCAAAUUCAAAACAUCGAACGUUGAAUGGGGAAGCAGUUUACCUGGUACAACUCUGACUGUCACAGAUCCAGCUUUCCGGGUGCAGGUGACCGUAUCACAACAAUACCCGCAUUCUACCUGGGCAGAGCUCAAGUGCCACAUAGUUUGCCAUCUACCUGGCCAUCCAUCCUCCUUCAUCUGGUACAAGAAUGGAGUAAAACUUAGAGAACGAAUUUCUUUUCGAGACCGCUUUGUUUCCGCAGACAGCUAUUCCUGUGCUGUAAAAGAAUAUGAGGAUUUCCACUCUCCUCCAUUAUGUGUCCACGGUCAAACCUGCAACAGAGUGACUUACACUGACAGAAGCAUCUGUGCUGUGAAGGGCUCAUCAGUGGACAUUUCUUGUUCAUACAACAGUUUUGAAAAUGAUGUUGGAUCAAAAUUCUGGUUCAGUCUCAAACGUAGUGAUCGAUGGCAAAAUUCCUCACAACCUGAGGACCUCAGUGGGGACUCAGAGUUUGCAGGUCGUGUCCAGCUGAUUGAAGAGAGAGGACGCUCCACUCUGAGAAUCACUGAGCUGAGAGAGAGCGAUUCAGCCGAGUAUCGCUUCAAAUUCAAAACACACAACUUUGAAUGGAGGAGCAGUUUACCUGGUACAACUCUGACUGUCACAGAUCUCCAGGUGGAGGUGAUCAGAUCUUCGAUCUACCAGAGUUAUACAGAGGCAGAGCUGAAGUGUCGCAGCAUUUGCAGCCAAGCUGCUCGUCCUUUCUAUGUCUGGAAGAAGAAAUCUCUCAACUCUGAGCAGAGUGACCCAGUACAAACUGUGCAGUCAGACUCUGACCCUGUGUAUGAGAGCGUCGCUGCAGCACAGACAGAAGCCACAGAGGAGCAGGAAGACCAGGUGUAA